UUGUAAACCAAAAAUAAGGUUUCUUUUAAAACUUUAGAACUUUAAUCUCCAAAAUUAAUAUUUUUUUUAAACUAAUAUCUGACAUAAUUAUAUUUUUUCUUGUAUUAUGUAUACUAUCUUUAAUAUUCAUUUUUAUAAGCCAUCCUUGCGGAUUAAUACUUUUCCUACAAACUUUAACAAUUGCUCUCCUUAGUAGACUACAAUUUUUAUAUUCUUUAGUCCACUGCAAUCUCUUAAUUUUAUUUAGACGUCUGAAAAGAGGUUUUUUUACUGUUAUCCUUCCAAAAAAGGCAACUUCUCUUAAUCUCCUUUUUACUGUAGAAGUACUACGAGGCAUAUUCCUAGAUUCAUUGAUCUGAGCUGCUAUCUCUGCGUCCGUGAGUCGUCGAUCACGUUUACUGAUCAAUACAAUACGUUUAUCUUUAGCUUUUGUAGUUUUUCGAUCACGCCCAGAACGUUUUCUAUCGCCAAAGCUCCUUGUGGAUGCAUAAUUUUUCAUGUUGUAGUCCCCAGUUCAAACUGGGACUGAACUACAAUCAUAAAUACGUGAGAAAUAAGUCACAGUUAAUAAAUAUGUAAUAAACAAAUCAGCCGGUACUUACAAGUUUCGACUUGUCGCACUUGCGAACAAAUAAAAAACAAAAUUAUUUUUGGUAGGUUUCAACUUCGCUUGAAAAUAUGGAAGCGAAAUUUGUUAAAGUGUAUUAUUUUAAAAUUUAUAAGCGGAUUGUAGGGAGGGUAAAAACUUUUGACCGGUAGUGUAGCUAGUAGACGUGAUGACAAUAUAGACAGGCUUAUAGUGAUGGGAUUAGUACAGGGAUACGUCAAUAGUCUAUUAGAUUAUUAGAUCAAAUCAAUCAAGUUACAGACAAACCCCUUCACCUAUUCUUGCACCAAACUGAAGAUCGAUAUACAUAUGGUAGUAGAAAAUAAAGAAGAGGCCAUGACACUCUUGAUUAAUAAACGAGAAUAGAGAAAGAGAAAUAUCCGAUAGGGACAUAUGCUUUCGUCAUUAUUUUUAAUUACAACUCAUAUGAUUUUUGUCAGAACGGUCUGAGAAAUUUCAGUAACCACACGCACACUAUGAGUGUGUCAAGCGGAGCCAUACAUCUACAUUCUAUGGAAGUAUUCUCAAUAAUUUAGUUAUAGUUCUUCCAAUAUCAAUUGCAGAUUAUAAAAACCCUUGCCAAUAAUUCUGUUCAAUCUACCAUAGGCGUGAACUGAGACCUUUUUGUACCCCGUUCUUUUUUUAUUUUGGAAAACGAAAUUUCAAAGCAAAAACCAUAAAGAAAAAUAAAUUUUUGGCAAUUAAACAAAGGGAAAAAAAGCAGAAUCGUCUGAACUAUAGUCAUCAUUUGAUUGAUUUAUGAAGAGUUGUGAAGAGGGUGAUACUACAUACUCAUCUUUGAUAACAAGUCUUGAGUAGCUUUGUCAACUGAUUUCAGUUUGUCUUCACAUGUUUUUCGGUUCUGUGAACGAACCCCUUUCGUGACUAGUCGAUAAAUGGUAAAUUAACUUAUUCUAGGUAAUUCAGCAAUUUUUAUUAUGAUUGCAUCGUCAGAUUGCUGGAUAUUUACCUUUUUCAAACAUUCGAAUAAAUUUAAAAUAACUUGCCUGUGUUUGUUUAUCUAAAUCUUUAUUAUUAAAUUCAUACCUGUCUUUAUUCUCACUACACUGUGCAAUUUCAUUCGCUCACGGUCUGAAGAGCGCCAUAUUUCUAUUUAUUUAAAGAAAUUUAUGAAUUAAAUGAAUUUCACCAAGCGACGCCACUGCUUAUCGUAGACUGUCUGGCAGAAAUAUUUCGAAGAAAUUGUGUACGUACGCCAUACAGUGCAGAAGAUGAAUAGAAGAACUAUACCAAACGAAACCUUUCAACCUUUUCCUAAUUUUGUGAAAACUAUAAUAGAUUAUUCAUUUAACACGACAUAUCAUCACUACAAUAGAAAAGUUGAAUAGCAGUAACUAACUAUUGAAAAAGAGAAAUAAAAGAAGAUUGAAAAGAAUUACCAUUAAAGUCAUGAUUCAGUCGACCCUGCAAAGCUAUCUACAAUUCAUUUUAUAGGCGUUUGUUUAUUUUAAUUAUGGAGGAAAUUUAUUUUAUUAUCAAAAUAUAGGUUUCGGAUUGUUGUAAAUAUGUGUGAAAAUUAAUUAUCUGCAAGAAGUUUAGUUUGUAUCUAAAUAUUCAGCUGCAGAUAAAAUGUUGAGAAGUUUGACGUGUUUGUUGAAUGCAAAUUUAGCACCGAAGAAGGUUGUUGAAGAACCAACUGUAUCGAGACUAUUGUCUGAAGGUGAAAACUUUGGAAGUGUUAUGUAUAAACUCGAAUUCAUAGUUCAAGACGAGAACGGCGAUAAAAAACAAUUAACUGCAGUUGCUAAAACUCUCCCGGAUUCCGAAAUUUUUAGGAAAAUAUUUUUCAUUCAAACAACUUAUACUAAUGAAAUCGCGUUUUAUCAAAUUAUAAUACCAACUUUACAACAAUUCCAAAUUGAAUUGGGAAUAGAAGAUGUGAUUAAUUGCUUUCCGAAAUGUUACGCUACGAGGAAAAACUUACUUAAUGACAGCGAUAAAAUUACGGACGACGCUGUAAUUAUUCUAGAAAAUUUAUCAACUUCUGGUUUUAUCAAUUGUGACCGAACUCUGGGUUUGGACUUGAACACAACCAAGUUGAUUCUUCGAGAUCUGGCACUUCUACAUGGCGUAUCGUUGGCUUUUAAAUUGAAGCAUCCCGAGAAAUUUGAAAACAAAAUUAAGAAAUUCUGCACCCCUUUUGAGCCAUCUCAUCAAAAUUUGAUACCUGUUUUGAAAAUGAUUAUUGAAGAGAAAAAAGAAUUAGCUCACUUAGCUCCUAAAUAUAGAAGCUGGGGCUUGAGCCCACGUUCACCAAUAAACGAACCUAUUGCAUGUUUAAUACAUGCAGAUGUAUGGACAAACAAUACAAUGCAAUUAUUCCAAGACGAUAAGCCGAUAGAAAACAAAUUUGUUGACUUUCAAAUUUACCAAUACGGCUCUCCAGCAGCUGAUGUAUUUUUUUUUCUGUGGUCUUCUGUUGCUCUUCAUGUGCUUGAAAGUAAUUUAGAUGAUUUAUUAAAAUAUUACACUGACCAGUUACAUGGAGUACUUAAAAAGCAUGAGUGUAACAUUCCUCUUUUAACACACGAAGCAUUUUUGAAGGAAAUGGAGUCAGUUUCGGAAUAUGAAUUCGGACACGCUUUUUUGUUCCAUAAUUUAAUCGUAAACUGUAAAAAAGGAGGACAGGAUCUAGAAAAUCCCGACGUUGAGAAAAUUUUUGAUGCUGUUCCGUUGGAAGUGAAACAAAAAUCUUGGUUUAUGUUGGAAGAAUGUAUGAGAAGAGGGUGGUUUAAAUAUAGUUAAUCUUGCGCAUCUGAAAUUAAUUCUAAUUGUGGGGAAGUUCCAAAAAAUAGAGCAAUUAAUUGUUAUUUAAUCUAUGUCUACUAUCAACAAGACUGUUUUAAAAUUUUUAUUCAUUAUACCAAAUUCAAAAUAUUGUUAUUGAUUUAUCAAAUGAAUUUGGUUCUAAAUUUCAUUCUAAAUACAGGAUAAUAAUAAACAUUCAUGUCAAAACAUGGAAACCCAAAAUUAUAAAUACUUUGAAUAUAGAGAAUAUUAUUAUAUAUUACUAGCUGACCCGCAGACUUCGUACUGCCUUAGUUGAUAAAUAAAAGGCUUAAACUUUUGUAUAAAAUAAACAUGAAUCAAUUAAAAGGAAUCCUUUUUUAUUAAAACAAAUAAAAAAAUACUCGGUAUGUUUUAUUACUAUUAUUGUUUUCGAUUAAUUACACAUGAUGUUGCUUACUUACAAAACAGAGUUCUCCUGGCUAUUUAUAAGAUUUCAAUUUGAUAUUGACAGACACACACACACAGUUAUGAUAUAGUCUGUUAAUCAGCUUUUUUGUCAACUAUAUUUUUUAUUUUGUUUUGUGGUGCGUAAAUAAACAAAGAUGACGGUUUUACCGACGCGCGAACAUGCCAUGUAUAAUUGUUCAUGCGCGAAAAAGUUGAUAUCGCAAACUUCCAACGACUGACCUUGCGAUUUAUUUAUGGUCAUCGCAAAGGUCAGACGUACCGAAAAUUGUAAAAGUUUAAAAUCGAAUGGUACACGCACGAUCGAGACAUCAUCUCCUUUGUAUUUCCCUUUUAUGAUUGUUGCCUCAAUGACGUUAUUUAUCACCUUUUUCACAGCCAGUCUUGUUACAUUGCACAGUUUAGUUGAAUAAUAAUAAUAAUGAGUGACAACUGAUCCUACUUUUAACUGCAAAUUGUGAAGUGGUAAUCCAGGUAAUUCCAGUGAAUUUAAAAAGUCUCGAGGGAAACCCACUGUCCCGGAAAAAAAUUCUGAAUGGUCGCAUUAAGUUCCCCGACAAUUUUAUUUUUCCCCGCCAAUAUUGCUCGUUCGCCCAGUCAAUUAUGGUUAUUGAAUUGUUGCGCUAUAUCUGGGAAAACACGCUGAAUUAGAUUCUCUCUUGAGUCUGUGACUUAUACGACUAUUUUCUUGAUCUGUGUAUAGAAACAACAUAUAUUGCCCAAAAUGAUCAAUGCUUCAAUAAGAAAACUGAUUUAAAUAACCUUAGUGUAAUUUAUGCAUAUCUUUUAAAUUUUGUAAAAACAAAUUCUAUAAAAAUUCAAAGCCACAAACAAACAACUCACCUCACCUAACCUAUAAAGUUCAACUUCACUUAUAACAACCGAGCCUAUAAAAUUUAUUGUCAUUUGUAUACAAACCAAUAAAUAUUCAGCUAUAUUCGUAACGACCUAACCUAUUAAAAUUUAAUAUUAUCCAUAAAUUAACCAAUCAAUAUUGAACAUCGUUUACUGCAACUUAUCCUUAUCUAACCUAUAAAAAUUAAACAUCAUUCAUUACCCAACCAAUUAAAAAUUAAUAAAAAUUCCUAUAGUAACCAGAAUCAAUAUUUUUAUCAACGUCACGUAUAUUGAAUUUUGAAUCCUAUGAAUUUGAAAUUCUUACAAGAAUUUAUACAACUUAAAGUCACCACAAAUCUCAAUUAAUUAUUGUAAAUAAAACUUUAUUAUUGUUAUACAUUUAUACAUAUUUCUUAUAUUGUACUUGACCAUAAUUUCAGUCCCAGACGAUGAAUACAUAAGUAUUUGAAAGCUUGGAUAAUAUAUUAAAAUUAGUCUA